GACGUUUCGUUUUCGUAACGCUUUUUUGACAUAACCUCAAUAUUUCGCCACAAGAAAGGUUUUAAUUUAAUCGAAUUAAAUUUGUUUUAAUAUUGAAAAAUAUGCCUAAAACUAAGAAAAGGGUUCAAUCUUCUGAUUCCGAUUCGGAUUCUGGUCCAGAUGAUAAAUUACCGGUUAAAAAAUCGAAACCGGAGGCUGCAAAACCAUCGAAAAAAUCCGACGGGGAUGAUGAAUUAUCAUGGGAUUUAGGAAAGAAUCGUUUUGUAAAAUUAACCGAAUUUAAAGGAAAAUGGUACGUUAAUAUCCGAGAGUUUUAUAUGGAUGCCGGAGGUGAUCUAAAACCGGGGAAGAAAGGGAUUAUGCUAACGAUGGAGCAAUGGCAAAAAUUCAAGGGGAUUAUCGGCGACAUUGAAGACGCCGUUAAAAGGAAUAUUUAAGAUUUUUUUGUAUUUAAAUGGAUAAAAAAUGUGUUCCGAAAGUAUUUUUUAGGUUAUGUUUUCUAAGUAAGGUUAAAGUUAAAAAAUAAAUAAACGGAUUCAUUUAAAGAUUAAUGUAAAA